GAGAGCGCACGACACAGUAGCGUGAUUCUGUAUAUAAAUUGAGCGCGGGUACAGUGCUGUGAAACGCUGCAGUCCCGGCAUAUUUUCGCCCCUUCGUAUAAAUUCUACAACAAAUCAGUAUCAGUCUGCCAACUCAGGAAGCUUUGUGCGUUUAAGUUAAACCCACGUGUAUUCGUCCACUGGCAUCAUGACCAACAAACGAAAACGGCAGGAAGAUUUUCAGAAAGUAAAAUUAAAAGUUGGAAAGAAAAAGCCGAGAGCCAGCAAUGCCACCAACACCAAUUUUACUUCUAGAGCCAUUCACCUGAGUGAGCAACUGAAAGAAGACAGUGCACUUCCUACCACUAAGAAAAAGCUCAGCAUCACGGAUCUUCUUUCUCAAAUGCACCAUUACAAUACUGGCGUAAAACACAGUGCUCUCGUUGGUCUCCGAGAACUCCUGUCUUCUCACCCUUCAUUAAUUGAAACGCAUAUUUCAAAUAUAAUAGCUGAAGUUGCUGCUGUGUUUACAGACAAAGACCCAGCUGUGAGAAUGGCUGCAGUUUCUGUCCUUAAGUGCUUGACUCCCAUGAUUCCACAGGAAAAAGUUGCACCUUUUUUCCCUCUUGUUAGCGCCCACCUAUCCAGUGCUAUGACUCAUAUUAUAGUUGGCAUUCAAGAAGACUCAUUAAAGAUAUUGGAUGUCCUUUUAGAAGAGUAUGCAGACUUGCUUAUUGACCGCAGCAACAUGUUGUUAAACAAUUUUUUGGAACUUAUUUCUCAUCAGAAGAACUCAAAAGAAGUCGGUGGUGACAAACAAUCAGUAUGGACCUUAUCAAUUAAUCCUAACAGAAAAAUUACAUCCCAGAAGUGGCGACUAAAUGUACUUAGCAGAUUGAAAAAGUUUCUUUCUGUAUUGGUAAAGCAGGCUUUUGUAAAAUGUCCAAACACAGAAAAUCUGGAAAGUGUUUUCUCCACUAGAAAGCUGGUAGAUGUUACAUGGAUAGAGCACGCAAAUGGAAAUCAGCCUAUUAAAAUGUUUACAAGUUCUGAAGAACAACAAUCGCCAUUUAGAUUAAGGGCCUUCGUCGGGAUUACGGGUAACACUGAUGAAGGUCUGUCUACCGCAAAUAAUCUGAAAACAUUCAUUCAAUCAAUUGUCCCACUAUUAAUUGAGUGUUGGAUUGAGGAAUGUCCUGGAGAUAUUUCUGGAAACCUUCUUAAUCCUGUAUCGCAUAAUCUUCUACAACAAGUGCUCAGCAUAAUUUCUCUUCUAUGGAAGUUUAGUGAACACCAAGAUGGAUCUCCAAAAAUGGAUGGAUGGCUUCGAACAAGUUACCUUAAAGAUUUCAAGCAUCAUUUUAUGAAAAAAUUUCCAUACUCCUUAUGUGAUGCCCUUAAACAGAAGAAGAAAAAAUUGAAAAGCAAAGACUGUGUACUUACAAACAAUGGCCUGGACAGUCUCUUAUUAAAUUUAACAUUGUGUGACAUCAUGGUAUCCCUGGCAAGUGCCACAACACUAGAAGAGGAUUCAGGAUGGUUAGCCAUGAUUAGAAUGUUUGUAAUAGACAAGCUGAUGCACGGAGCCAAGCUAAACUGCAAGCAAUUAAAGAGGUUGCUUGAGGUAACCAGCAGACUUUUAAAUAUUCAGAGGAAUAGAGCGGCCACAGAAAAAUUGAUUCAUGCAGUGUACAUGAUGUAUCAGCAGAAGGAUUUACUGUUUCCUGUGCGUUCAAUGCUACUGAAUUUUUUUAAUAAGGUUUACUUAAAGGAAGAGGAUAUGUGUCUCAAUCUGGGGAGAAGCAGAAGCAAAGUUUUAUCUCGUUGGCUUGCUAACCUUCCCCUGCAACUUGCUCAGCUGGGCUCCAAAAACCCUAAUCUUUCCGCAUUAAUGAUUGAAACAAUAUAUACUGCUGCAUCUCGUUCAAACAAAGAAUUACUGCAAAGCCUUCAGAGCACUGCUUGUGAAAUUUAUGAUCCGCAAGGUGGCGCUUUUGUGCUUCUGCCAGCUGAAUCACAGCAAUUUUUGGUACAGCUUUUAUAUUUUUUGCCAUGUAUAUCAUCAGAUUUACUUGUUUGUUUAAACCGAUGCUGCAUUACUGAAAAUAUUCCAUCUAAUCUUGUGUCAAUGCUUAUUGGAAUAUUACAUAUCAGGUCCCCAUUUGCAUGCUGGACACACCAGUCACAGGAGAGUGCAAUGAAUGAAACAGAUUAUUUCAGUUUUUUGUUCUCAACCCUAAUAGGGUUCAAUGCAGAGAAAUUGAUUUGGAUGCAGAACAAUAAAUCUCAUCGUGUCAGCAAGACACGAGUUUCACGAAUUGGUCUGUAUUUGACUGAUCAAUCGCAUUUUGUUCAUCACUGGACAGUUACAAAGGCUGUGUGCCACAGUUUGUCCUCAUUGAGAGCGAGGCGUCAGUGUUUUGAAAUCCUUCAGAAUGCGAUUAAUAACAAUCUGAGUGGAUUGGUGGUAAUCCCAGACAGCACCGCUGGAUCAGUUUUAUGUGCCAUAAAUACGCUUCAUGAUCCCUGUUGCAUUCCUAAUGAUAGUUUGAAUAAAUUCUUAGCCUCCAGCUGUUACAGCAUAUUCAACUUCCUGCUGACGAAAGAAAAAGAUGUUGAGCAUAUGCCCAAAAGAGAUUCAUUGUGGGGAACUUGCAUAUCUUUACUAUCUAUGCUUCCUAAUGUGCUAAAGCUGAUGUUACAAAGCCUCCAAGUUAGCAGGGCCUGUCAGGAGGAACUGCCUAUUAUUGCUCAAUUACUUCGUCUCCUUUUGCAAAACACACAGCUUAGAAGUCACAUGAUGACCAAUGCUUUUCUUGUCCAGCAAACUCUCCAAGAUGUUAUGAAUCUGAAAAGUUGUGAAAUUCAAGAACAAUGGCUUACAGACCUACAGUAUUGCUACAAUGUUUACCUUUCGAAAAAUCCUCAUGAAUCGUCUGCCCUUGGAAUUGUAUACUGAAAAUGGACCUUGGUGGAAGAAUUAGCUAAUAAAUAGAUUGUGUUGGCAUAAUGUAAAACAAGUCAAUGGGUUAUUUGCGUGUUAUAGCAUUUUAUUUACUAAGCAUAUCUGAGAAAUGUUUGUGCUCUCUGUUUUCAUCAUCUGCAAGACCACUAUAUAAUAGAGACUAUAAGCAGUGCUUUGGUAUUACAUGUGUAUAUCCGAACCUAAAAAAUGCCUAUUCUUAAAUGUUUUUAAGUUGAAAUGUUAUUGUAUUAUUCGUGGACUUAACAUAAUGCAUUUGACUGCUCUUGACAUGCUACAGUCCACUGUACAGCCAUUUUUAUUUUAUAGCUUUGAAUUAGUUGUGAUGUUGAGGUUUAUUUUCUAAAUGUUUAUGAUUUUCAAUAGCAACAUUUAGGUUCAUCAGUAUAUUGCAUAGGACAGUACUGCAAUUUAUCACAGAAUAUGUACUUGUGUUCUUUAAAACCUUAAUUUCUGAGAAUAAUUUUCAGAAGCUUUAUAUUUUACUUCACUGGGUAUACUAAUCCCUUAAAGACCAGGGAUCAGACAAGUCCCUUUUUAUCACGUGAAACAUAAAACCGGCCUUAAGGGGUGAACACAGCUGUUUUUGAUGUUUUACUGAGUAAUUGAAAAUACAUGUUUUUCCUAAAUCGUAUUGAUAUUCAUAUUGUCAGCUUUUAAAGCGGCACCUUCUUUUUUGUAAAUGUUACUCGAAAAGUUAUGCACCUGAUUUGUGUAGUGUUUCCUUCUAUUAGGAUUUUGAUUGCAUGCACAUGUAUAGAUAAUAUGAAUUGGCUUCAUAUUUGCAUACACCCUUAUUUUGUCAUGCUUCUUAAUCUAUAUCAGAAAAUUACUACUGCAUUUGUGGCCUAGAAAACAUUACACAUUUAUGUUGUGCAUAACCUUUAUUGAUUGAUUUUUACAAAUGUGAAAAACAAGAAUUGCUUGGUGAUUUACAGGAAUUUUUACUAAAGUAAAUUUUAAAUUUAAGGUCAAAAUGGCUUGGAAAAAUUCAUGUAGUUCAGCAACUCUGGCCUUAGAUUUGAAAUGCACCUUAAGUUAACUUUGAAUUCUCACUUUAGUUAAACAAUUCUGUUACUUUUGUGAAUGUCAGUUUGGUUUUUAUUUAUAGUUUUAGAAUGUGUAUGUUAAAUCUGUUCAAGGCAUGUUCUCCAACUUUGAUAAAGUAUUUAGAUCACAUGUAUUUCAACUUGGAAUGAUUACAAAUGUUGAUCCUUUGCCAAAUAUGUGUUACUUUUUCUAAAUGCAAAUAUUAAAUUACACAAAACAGA